AUGAGCCUUCUUUAUAUCUAUGAGGGCAAUGCUUUUUGGACCAAUAGGAGAGCGACUGACUGCCGCGUGGCCUCCCUCACGCGAGCGACAGUCUUUUGUGGGUUUUGUGACAGUCGCCAUUUUGAUUGCUCGACUGAAAAGCUCGAGCCGUUCAGCUCGUUUUCAACACAUUCCGGGCCUCGAUUAACGACCGUUUUUUUAUCACAUCGAGUCGACGGGGGGCAGGCCAAAAUGGCUACGGGCGCAAACGCGACUCCUUUAGGAAAGUUGCACCCCAGCAUCGGCGCUAAACGAGGUUUCGAAGCAGGGCCCGGCGCCGGCAACGGUAACGGCAUGAUGCCCAACCCGGGGCCUCCUGCGCCCUUUCCGCCGUUACAAGCGUUCCAACCCCCGAUGCCCUCCCCGGCUUUCGCACAGACGCACCAGUUCAACGUGCCGAGCGGGUUUUCGCCACAGCCUCCCCAGCAACACCAACAGCCGGCUGGACAAGAUUUCAGCCAAAAGAAACAAAGGAAGAAGAGUCGUUGGAGUAGUGAGACGCCAGACCAGAAGACUGUCAUACCGGGUAUGCCCACUGUCAUCCCCCCUGGUCUGACCCGUGACCAAGAGAGAGCCUAUAUAGUCCAACUGCAGAUCGAAGACCUGACACGUAAACUGCGUACAGGAGACCUGGGAAUCCCUGUUAACCCUGAGGACAGGUCUCCCUCGCCGGAGCCCAUCUACAACAGCGAGGGCAAGAGGCUGAACACCCGCGAGUAUCGCACGCGCAAGAAGAUCGAGGAGGAGCGCCACUCUCUCAUCACCGAAAUGGUCGGACUCAACCCCGACUUCAAACCACCAGCCGAUUAUAAACCUCCAGCCACCAGAGUUAACGACAAAGUGAUGAUUCCUCAAGACGAAUACCCCGAGAUCAACUUUGUCGGUCUGCUUAUUGGACCGCGCGGUAACACAUUGAAGAACAUCGAGAAAGAAUGCUGUGCCAAAAUCAUGAUCCGCGGCAAAGGCUCGGUGAAGGAGGGCAAGGUGGGCAGGAAGGACGGACAGAUGCUACCCGGCGAAGACGAGCCUCUGCACGCUCUGGUCACGGCGAACACGAUGGAGAACGUCAAGAAAGCCGUGGAGCAGAUCCGCAAUAUCCUGAAGCAAGGCAUCGAGACGCCUGAGGACCAGAACGACCUGCGCAAGAUGCAGCUGAGAGAGCUCGCCCGGCUCAACGGAACGCUGAGGGAAGAUGACAACAGGAUUCUGCGUCCUUGGCAGAACACCGAGCCCCGGAGCAUCACCAACACCACCCUGUGUACAAAGUGUGGUGGAGCGGGCCACAUCUCCUCUGACUGCAAGUACACCAGUACCUUCGCCGCCCAAAGAGCGACGGGAGGCGAGCCCCCUCAGUCGGCGCAGGACAAGGCUCGCAUGGACAAGGAGUACCUGUCGCUCAUGGCUGAGCUGGGGGAGGCCCCGUUGCCGGCGUCCGGCGGGGGACACGCCGGCCCCCAGGGAGGACCCCCCCGCACCCCUCUGCCCAGCAACAGCCAGGGACCGCCGAACCGACCUCCCUGGAUGGGUUCCGCUUCGAACGACAACAGGAACUUCCACGGCAUGCACGGAGGAGGCCCUCACAACUUCCCUCCCCCCAUGCCCAGCAUGGGAGGCCCGCCGAUGCCCCCCAACCCCAACGGCAUGCCUCCCCCGUGGAUGCAGCCUCCCCCUCCUCCAAUGGGGCAGGGCCCGGGACCUCACGGGCACCCAAUGGGCAUGAUGCCACCGCCGAUGGGCAUGAUGCCCCCCCCGCCGCCUCCUCCCAACAGUCAGCCGCCGCCCCCUUCUGGUCCCCUGCCGCCGUGGCAACAGCAGGCUCCGCCUCCUCCUCCGACAAGCAGCAUGGCAACAAGCACACCGCUGCCCUGGCAACAAAAUACCCCCACCACAUCCAGCCCUGGCACAGGGACUCUCCCUCCAUGGCAACAGCCGCAGCCGCCCGCGGUCUCGGCGCCCCAACCCCCACCUCCGAUGGGUGCCCCCUCCAUGGUACCGCCUCCGCCGGGAGUGCAGCCGCCCCUGCCCCCCGGCGCCCCCCCUCCUCCCCCGCCGCCGCCCCCCGGCUCGGCCAGCAUGAUGUACGCCCCGCCGCCGCCCCCGCCGCCGAUGGACCCUUCCAACUUUGUCAUGAUGGGGAUGGGGGUACCGGGCAUGCCGCCGUUCGGCAUGCCCCCGGCACCGCCGCCGCCUCCGCCUCAGAAUUAACAACCUAAUGUGAAGACGAGCGCCCACAUCGCAUCCAAGAGACUGAGGUCAUCUACAGAUUGUCUGUCUGCUCACAAAUAUAACCAGUGCGUUUUUGUAUGCCACCGGGCGGAAUCGGGGAGAUGCUUUGGAUUUUUUGGGGGUGGGAGAACAUGUCAGUUUAAGUAUAAAGUCUGUCAAAUAAAUACCUCCCUGCCAUUAUCAAUCAAAACUGGCUGUUAUGUAUGAUCGGCAGAUGCCCGGUGGGGUACAAUGCGGUCAUCUACGAGCACGCAUUUCUAGUUUUUUAUGGUUCCUCAAUAAUGUAAAGACACGUCCACAACAGUUACGAUGUUAGUUCACUAUGUGUAAAUGGAAGCGUUCUUCUCUUUUUAACGUUUGUAUCAAUGCAAAGGCUCCAUUUGUGUGCGUGUGUUGUAAACAAACAUUGCUCUCAGGCCUCAGUUCUGCAGCGCUAUGCAGUUAUAAUUUUUUUUUUUUUUUUUUUUUUUUUUU